GCAGUUUUGUGAAAUCAAUCGUCGAUACCAGAAAAGUGUCUCGGCAGAGUAAGAAGAUACAAUUAAACGAACAAGUCGUUUAGCGUCUGAAUUCUGUGUAGAAGAAAUAUUUGUUCUAAGUAAAACGUCUAAGAAUUCUCAGUAAAUUGUGAAAUAUUUUUGAAAUUGAAAAUGAUAAGUACGACUGUACGGGUCGCUGUGAUGCUAGCCUUAUUGUCUAUAAGUGCAAUGCAAAGUGCUGCUCAUGAAUGUGGCAUUCAAAAUUUUUCGGACAAGAUCAUCAACGGAAAUGUGACUGCUAUUGAUGAGUAUCCUUGGACCGUUCUUAUACGGUACAAACAACCGAAUUCCAACAGAGAAACUUGGGGAUGUGGAGGUUCGCUGGUGGGCACAAAAACAAUAUUAACGGCGGCCCAUUGCGUCGAAGACAUGGCAUUGGCGUCUUUGGGAAGAAUAGAAUUUGUGCGAUUGGGUGAAUAUGAUUACUCAACGGAAAUGGACUGUGUGGUACUAAGUAAUUAUAAGGAUUGCACUGACCCGCCUGUCGAUAUUAAGGUAACGAACGUAAUCAUUCAUCCAGAACGGAAUGCUAACAGCAAAUUGCACGACAUUGCCAUUCUUACACUCGAAACAACGCCGAAGCAUACCGAUUUUAUUCGUCCCAUUUGCUUGCCGGAUCAAACGCUAGACGAUCCAAGUAAGAAAAAAAGCGUUUACUAUGUGACUGGAUGGGGAAAUACGAUUGGUUCUUUGCCAAGUCCUAGCAGCGUGAAAAUGGAUACAGCCGUGAAUCCAGUUGAUGGGAGUGAAUGCCGAAAAAACUUUCCUGAUAUCAACGAAAAAUUCCAAUUAUGUGCCGGUGGAAAAGCUGGUCAUAAUGUAUGCAGAGGAGAUUCAGGAGGUCCACUAAUGUACACCAAGGACAACAAAUGGACAAUUGAGGGUGUUGUCUCAUAUGGCAGACAACAUUGUGGAAGAGUCGGUUUCGAUAGUGAACCAGCUGUUUUCACUAGAAUUGCGGGCUAUUUACCAUGGAUAAAGAAUGUGCUACUCGAUCAGGAGAGACCGUCGUGGGAUGCAUAAGUCGUUUAAAUGUCGUUUCAUAGUAAACAACAGCUUUUAUCAAAAAAUAAAAAUUGGGAAAACGAUAGAUAGAAA